UUUCUCAAUCUCAUCUCUCUCUCUCUCGAACUCCCAGGUCUCUCCGCAUCUCCCCAUGAUGACCAGAUCCAUGUCUCUCAAAUUGGAGCAAGGAAUUUGGGCAUGGAUCCCUCUCUCAAUCAUGUCUCUCUCUUUCUCUCAAACUCUCAGCAAGGACGUUGGGGCGUGGAUCUCCUGCGCUCAACGAGGUUAUCACAAUAAAUUAUUUUCCUCAUGUGGAUCAGAGAUCGGCUCGGGGCAGAACUAAGCCCAUAAGGCUAGCUUAUAAAUUAAGCCUGCAGCCUAACAUAGACCAUCUCAAAUCAAGGAGGCUCUGUGCGUUGUCAGCAUCGUCAUUGGUCAGAUUCUCCUAUUAGGUCAAAUUCUUUUGUUUUCAAUUGAAACAAUGGCAUACGAUAUGCUCGAUGUGAUUAACAAUGGGAAGGAUUCCUGGAAAGUGAAGGUCAGAGUAAUUAGGCUAUGGGACGCCAUUAACCUCAAUAAUAAUGAACUAAUUAGCCUUGACAUGAUACUGCUUGAUGAACAGGGCACUAUGAUACAUGCGAAGGUAAUAAAACAUAUGGUUAACAAGUUCAGGCCAUUGAUCCAAGAAGGUUUAGUCUACAUGAUAGCAAAUUUCAAGGUUACAUCUGCCAUGAAUUUCCGUCCAGUUGAAGGCGACAAGAUUAUUAACUUCUUGCACACAACAAAAAUUCAAGAGAUUAAGGGACUUAAAAAUAUCAGAAUAGCAGAACAAAGUUUCAUGUUUUGUAGUGUUGAAGUUCUUUCCAGAAGAGAUGGCCAGAGGAUGUACUUAUCCGAUGUCAUUGGGGUAGCAAGUUAUAUAGGGAAUAUUGAAGAGACGGAGACAACUCAUGGGAUUUCCAAGAUUCGAGAUAUUGUACUUCGAAUUGAGGAUCAAAAAGUUAAUAUUAGACUCUGGGGCAAUAAGGUUGACCAAAUUGAUGAAGAUUCUGUGGGACGUGUUGUCAUAGUAACAUCAACAACGGUUAGAAAAUUGAAAGAGUACUCGCUGUCAUCUACAGGUGCGACCAAAGUAUAUAUCGAUUUGGAUAUCCCUGAAACAACUGAGCUCCAAACGAGGUAUUGCUUGGAAGAUGAUAUCAUAGAGGAAACAGGGCCGGAAGCCCACUUGCAAGGAACAAUUCAAGAACAAAUGCUCUAUAACAGAAAGACACUAAGAGAAAUAACUGAAAUUGCAUAUGAAUCUGAAAAAAUAGGAAAAGUUCUAUACUGCAGAAGCAACCAUUAAGUCAAUUGAUACAUCAGAUGAGUGGUACUACAUAGGAUGCGGCAAAUGUAACAAAAAACUACAAAAAGAAGGGAAUCACUUCUACUGUCCAAAAUGUGAGAAAGAACCUGAGAAGACAUGUCCAAGGUACAAACUUAAGCUAGAGAUAUGUGAUCAUACUGCAACCACAACUUGCACCAUGUUUGAGACAGAAGCAAAAAAACUGAUUAAGCAAUCUGCAAGAUUCUUGAUAGAUAGGGAUGACUGUGAUAUCCAUGAGCAGGCAGAAAAUUUUUAGAAAAUAUGUGGGCAGAGAUUGAUUUUUCAGUUCAGACUGAAUGACUAUAAUUUCAAGUACGGUUACCAAGAUUACACUGUUCAUAGAAUAUUUUUUAUGGACUCUGAAGAAGAUUCGUCGGUACAACACGUUAAUGUUGAACAGAACACUGCGAAGGGCACUAAAAAGUCUAGGACUAGGAACACAUGUCGCGUUGUACAUUCUGAUGAAGAAUCAAAAGAGGAUAGCCAGGAGAAAGAUGAAUGCAAAUUCAAGGAAUCUAGCCCCAAAAGAAAGCGUACAAUAAGCAUUACUGAAGACGAAGAUUCCGAAAAAGAUGGAACUGAGAAUUAUUCAAAGACCAGCAUAACGCUUACUGGUGUUGAUAAGGGAUCUAAGAAGAAAGGAAUUCAGAAUGAUAACCAUGAGCAAGUGAACAAAUUAUCACUUUCAAAAACUAUAAAGCAAGAAUCAGAGGAUGAUGAACUCACUAUUGACCAGACUAAAAGGGGUAGGAGACGGAGCACAGGUCGUGCUGCACAUCUUGACGAUGAAUCAAAAGUUGAAGGUAGUCAGGAAAUAAACAAAUGCAAAUAUAUGGAAUCAAGCCCCAAGAGGAAGCGUGUUGUACGCAAAUGCGCCGGUGUUGAUCAGGAGCAUAAUGAUUCAAGGCCUAGGACAAGGCUUAGUUGUGUCGAUAAAAAAUCACUGACCAAAGGCAUUCAGAAGUCUGGUGUAUUCAGGACUCGAAAGGCAAGUCACUAAUUAGUGGAGAUCUGUUAAUUUAGGAUGUAGUACAAUAGAUGGGAAAAUCACAUUUGUACUUUAUAUGAACUUCGUCAUUGUUUAAGAUAUUUGUAAUAAACGUAAAGGCAUACCUUUGUGUUAGUAAGUUAUUAUUCUCUCUAUUAUUCAGAAGUAAA